ACGAAAUUUAGUUCCGAGCAUUCCCCGAACAUCAAAAUUACGUAGGAGGUACCAUAGUAGAUCCAACCUUCCCUCCAUCUUCCAUAAAAAAAGGUACCUACCUCCUAACAUAUAAGUCAUAUAAAUCAUAUCUUAUCCUUAUGGAACAAUUAGUUAUGCAUAUUUUAGUUUAACGAAUCUUAUACCAAAUGCAAGAAUACUUAAUCUCCGGUUUACAGGUAUAAUACAAAUAAUCAAUCUUACCUCUGACACCCUCACGUUUUCAUGCGCGACGAUACUACGAAACCAUACUCUACCAUUUCGCACCACCACCCUUACCACGCUAAUCAUCAUCGACACAAAUCAUAACCAUGGCGAGUAAAUCUCGCUGGGCGGAUACGGAAGAGGACGCAGCUUUAGAAGCAAAGAGGAAGCGCGAAAAGGAGGAGAAGAAACGCUUAAAAGCAGAAAAGGCACAAAAGGCGGAAGCAGAGCGCCGCGCGCAAGCAGAAGCAGCUAGAGAACGAGCCGCCGAAGAACAACAACAGCAACAACAACAACACCUACAACCACCAGACGAUAGCAUACCACCUACCAAGCGACGGAAAAUAACGCCCGAACGAGAUGAGCAAGAAAAAGACGGAACAGCCGAAAACGAGAGCAACGCAAAACUGCUGCGCUUCGAGGCCGGCGGCUGGGGCAAGUCGCGAAGCGUGGAGAACUACGAUAAGCUGAACGACAUCGAGGAGGGGGCGUACGGCUGGGUAGCGCGGGCGAAGGAGAUCAAGACGGGCAAGGUAGUAGCGCUGAAGCGACUCAAGUUCGACCCGAACGACACGACGGGCCUGCCGGAGACGGGGCUCCGCGAGAUCCAGAUCCUCAAGGACUGCUCGCACCGGAACAUCGUGUCGCUGCGCGAGGUCGUGGUCGGCGACGACACCUCGCGCAUCGAGAACAUCUUCCUGGUGCUCGAGUUCCUCGAGCACGACCUCAUGUCCGUGCUUGGCGACAUGCCCGAGCCCUUCCUCGCCUCCGAGGUCAAGACCCUGCUCCUCCAGCUCGCCAGCGGCGUCGCCUACCUGCACGACCACUGGAUCCUGCACCGCGACCUCAAGACCUCCAACCUGCUGCUCAACAACCGCGGCCAGCUCAAGAUCGCCGACUUCGGCAUGGCCCGCUACGUCGGCGACCCCCCGCCCCCGAAGCUCACCCAGCUCGUCGUCACCCUCUGGUACCGCGCCCCCGAGCUGCUCCUCGGCGCCAAGACCUACGGCGCCGCCGUCGACAUGUGGAGCGUCGGCUGCAUCUUCGGCGAGCUGCUGACGCGCGAGCCCCUGCUCCAGGGCAAGAACGAGGUCGACGAGCUCGCCAAGAUCUUCGAGCUCUGCGGCAUCCCGACCGACGACGCCUGGCCCGGCUUCCGCCGCCUGCCCAACGCGCGCCACCUGCGCCUGCCGCCGAGCUCGCGCGCCAACACGCGGCCCGUCGUCCGCGCGCGCUUCCCGCUCCUCACGGCCGCCGGCAGCGCCCUCCUCGCCAGCCUGCUGUCCCUGAACCCGGACCGCCGGCCCUCGGCGCGCGAGAUGCUGGACCACGAGUUCUUCCGCCAGGACCCGAAGCCCAAGCACGAGGCCAUGUUCCCGACGUUCCCAAGCAAGGCCGGGCAGGAGCGCCGCCGCCGGAGGUCGACCCCGAACGCGCCGGGCCGCGGGCAGAAGGCCGCCGACCUGGGCGCCGUCGAUUUCAGCGGGUUGUUCGCGGCGCGGGAGAAGGAGGAGCGGGGAGGUGGGUUCUCGCUUCGGAUGGUGUGAAAUUUACGACGGGGUAGUUGUUACCUACCUAGGUACCUACACUAGGUUAUAUAUAUAUAUAUAUAAGGUAUAUAUACCUGCCUCGUAUGAAAACUUAAUAUACCUCGUACUUAUGAGGACGAAAUGAAAUCUAUAAUAUACCAAAACAUUGCGAAAUAC